AUGAACUAAUUUUAUUAAUAAUAAUCUAAAUUUCAAUCAUAAGAGUAUUCACUCAGUUUUCGUCGUUUCAGUAUUUAUUAAUUUUGUUAAAGCCACACAAUAACCGUAUAAAUAUUAUUAUUAUUAAAUUAAUGUACAGGGAGGAAAGAAGCGCUUCUCAAUCUAAACAUUCCCUAAAACUUAAGAAAAGAAUUCAAACUCUAUUACACCACUCCAGAGCUAAAUGAUUGUCUUUACUUGCAUUACAAAGGCUUUGAAAAGAUUGAGAAUCUUGAAGAGUUCACAGGGUUAAAAGUCAUUUACUUGGAGGGAAAUGGUCUACAAAGCAUCGAAGGACUGGAUUGUUUGACUUCCCUGAAAUGCUUAUAUUUAUAGGAGAACAUAAUUAGAAAAAUGGAAAACUUGCACAUGCUAACUGAGUUAAUUAAUCUAAAUCUAAGUGACAAUAUGAUAAGCAAGAUUGAGGGGUUGGAAUAAUGUUAAAAACUGUAGACUCUUCAGAUAAAAAGAAAUAGGAUUGGGAUGAAUGGACUUAGUGAUUUAGAAGGAGUACUUUGCUUACAGAAUUUAUCAGUGUUGGAUGUAUCAGACAAUAAAAUAGAUGACCCAAAUGUUGUAGACGAAAUAUUUUUAAAAAUACCUCAAUUAGCAGUCUUGUAUUUCUAGAACAAUACAGCCGGAAAGUAAAUCCAACAUUAUCGAAAAACCCUGAUCAGUAGAAUUAAGACCUUAAAGUAUUUGGAUGACAGACCUGUCUUUGAUGAUGAAAGAAGAUUUGCUGAGGCCUUUGCAAAAGGAGGACUAGAUAUGGAGAGAGAGGAAAGACAAAAGUAUAAGAAGGAGCAAGAGGAAGAGCAUAUGAGACAACAUCAAAACUUUAAAGACAUGAUUCGUAGAUAUAGAGAAGAAUAAUAAUAAUAGCAAGAAUAACAACAACAAUAAUAAUAAGAAGAAUAAUAAUAAGUAGAUAAUGGUUCAGAUAACGAAGAACCUUCACAUCUAUCAACUUAUAAUACUUAAUCGAAUGCUAGUGAUGUUAGAUCAUCUGCUCAAUAAUCUGCUCAGUAGUCAGAACACUAAUCAGAGAAACACUCCGAUAAGUAAUCAGACAAUCAAUCUGAAAAUACUUCAAGAAUUGCUGAUGGACAAAGUGAACACAGAAGUAUUGAUGGAGAUUAGAAGAGUGUAGAUGGAGCUAGUGACCAUGGAAGUGAAUAGGUGGAAAUUAAUACAAUUGGAAAUUUUGGACAAUCAACUCAACUUGAUGAAAUCGAUUGA